AAUAAUUAGAAUUGAAUUGAAUACUACAUGUCCUGGACUGUGGUAGGCAUUUUAUGUAUAUUUUUAAUUGGUCAGAAAAAUCCUGUAAGGGAUGAGUAGGUACAGGUAUUCCUAUUUUACAAGUGAAAGAUACCAAGAUUCAGAGAGAUUAAGUAACUUCUUUAAUAUUAUAUAAUAGAUAACAGAGCCAAUAUUUGAAGCCAGGUCUUUUGACUCUAUUCUCCUCUUUCCAUUAUGUCAGGGUAUUUUUCAAGAAUUCCAAACAUAGUUUGCUUGAAUUUAAUCCAUUAAAGACAGAAUCAUUAAUAUAUUAGGAAAGGUAAUAAAAUAAUUUGGUUAUAACACUGUCAAAAAUACAGGCCUUAAGUAGAUUCUACUUUAAAUUUUAGAAGUUAGUUAUCUGAACAUUUGAACUUGCUAAUGAUUUUAAUUAUGUUUGAAUACUAAUAUGCUCAAGAAUCAUACAUGCUCCCCAAAAUGGUAUAUAACAUGUCUGGUAUUCUGUUUACUGUGGCAAAUUGUAGUGGUAGCUUUUCUAAUGUUGAAGAUCUGCAUGUGCAAGGAUUGGCUCAGCAGGGUUCUUUACUCCAGGAUUUCCCUGAGAUCCUGUCUGGCCUUAGAUGAUCCUUAUUUGUAACAAGUUCUAGGGACAGUAUCAGCUUUUAAAGCUGUUUUAGGUUCAUUCUUAACACUAGACCAGUGGUGCCUUCUAUUGACUUCUUAUGUCAUCUUAUGACUAGAAAAGUAUUUUAUAGUUAAUUGGAAUUAGUCUGGAAUUCUCUCUAGGGCUAAGAAAUCUGUAAGUUUAGUACCCAAUUACUCUUAGACAAACACAAGAAAGAUGCUUAUAAAAUGACUUUUGGUGUAUUUCCAAAUAUUAGCAAACUGAUAUCUGGGAAGUCCUUAAUAUUAAGUAUUAUUGUUACUCACUAAUAUUGGCUUAGUAUUUAAAAUAAAUUUUAGGAUUCUUGGGUUAUUUGAUUGUAGUUUAGUUUUGUGUUUACUGAGUGUCAGGGAAAAUUAAAUACAGUUAUAAAUUUUAGCAUCUCUAUGAAGCCAUCUUCUAGCAAUAGUAAUUGACACUAGUUCCUAAAACUACAGGAAAACUGGUCUGUCACUGAGUGAAUGAAUUGGUUUCUAUUAUAUGUGAAUUUAUAAAUGAAAAAUUUUUAGUAUAACCUGGGAAAUUCUCAAAUAUAUUCUCAAAUAUAUUUAAAAGAUUUAUUUUUAAAAAAAUUCAACCUAUUUUGUAAGAAAAUUCACGUGUUACAGUCAUGCUAAAAGAACCUUCUUUUAUUAUGGCAACUGAUUUUUGUUUACUUAAGAGGACCUGUUACUAAAAUAGUAAUGAGGAAGGGUGUAAUAUAAGUAUAGUCAUACACCCUUUGCUCUGCAAGUAACCAGAGUGUUACCUAUGCAUGCUGUUCAGUCUCCCUUUGAAAGGUGGAAGUAAAGUGUUUGUGUGUUUUUCUCUCUUGCACAGCCUAAAAUGACUAAUGUGUGAUUUCAGUGGAAUAAAUGGCGUCCAAAGUCACAGAUGCUAUAGUCUGGUAUCAAAAAAAGAUUGGAGCAUACGAUCAACAAAUAUGGGAAAAAUCUGUUGAACAAAGAGAAAUCAAGUUUAUUAAACUGGGGUUAAGGAAUAAACCAAAGAAAACAGCUCAUGUGAAACCAGACCUCAUAGAUGUUGAUCUUGUAAGAGGAUCUGCAUUUGCUAAGGCUAAGCCUGAAAGUCCUUGGACUUCUCUGACUAGAAAGGGAAUUGUUCGAGUUGUGUUUUUUCCCUUUUUCUUCCGGUGGUGGUUACAAGUAACAUCAAAGGUCAUCUUUUUCUGGCUUCUUGUACUUUAUCUUCUUCAAGUUGCUGCAAUAGUGUUAUUCUGUUCCGCUUCUAGCCCACAUAGCAUACCUCUGACAGAAGUGAUUGGGCCAAUAUGGCUGAUGCUGCUCCUGGGAACUGUGCACUGCCAGAUUGUUUCAACAAGAACCCCUAAACCUCCUCUAAGUACAGGGGGUAAACGAAGAAGGAAAUUAAGAAAAGCAGCCCAUUUGGAAGUACAUAGGGAAGGAGAUGGUUCUAGUACCACAGAUAACACACAGGAGGGAGCAGUUCAGAGCCAUGGUACAAGCACCUCUUACAGCGUUGGCGCUGUCUUCAGAGAUCUCUGGCAUGCUGCUUUCUUUUUAUCAGGAUCAAAGAAAGCAAAGAAUUCAAUUGACAAGUCUACUGAAACUGACAAUGGCUAUGUAUCCCUUGAUGGGAAAAAGACUGUUAAAAACAGCGAAGAUGGAAUACAAAAUCAUGAACCUCAGUGUGAAACUAUUCGACCGGAAGAGACAACCUGGAACACAGGAACACUGAGGAAUGUUCCCAAAGAUACCCAAAGGACAAUAACAAAUAUCUCUGAUGAAGUCUCCAGUGAGGAAGGUCCUGAACCUGGAUACCCACUACGUCGUCACGUGGACAGGACUAAUGAAAGCGUUCUUCGGAAUAGAAAGUCACACCAUUAUAAGAAACAUUAUCCUAAUGAGGAUGCCCCUAAAUCGGGUACUAGUUGCAGCUCUCGCUGUUCAAGUUCCAGACAGGAUUCUGAGAGUACAAGGCCAGAAUCUGAAACAGAAGAUGUAUUAUGGGAAGACUUGUUACAUUGUGCAGAAUGCGGUUCAUCUUGUACCAGUGAGACAGAUGUGGAAAAUCCUCAGAUUAAUCCAUGUGUGAAAAAAGAAUAUAGAGACGACCCUUUUCAUCAGAGUCAUUUGCCCUGGCUCCAUAGUUCCCACCCGGGAUUAGAAAAAAUAAGUGCUAUAGUAUGGGAAGGCAAUGACUGUAAGAAAGCAGACAUGUCUGUACUUGAAAUCAGUGGAAUGAUAAUGAACAGAGUGAACAACCAUAUACCAGGAAUAGGAUACCAGAUUUUUGGAAAUGUAAUCUCUCUAAUCCUGGGUUUAACUCCAUUUGUUUUCCGACUCUCUCAAGCUACAGACUUGGAACAACUCACAGCACAUUCUGCUUCAGAACUUUAUACGAUUGCAUUUGGUUCCAAUGAAGAUGUCAUAGUUCUUUCUAUGGUUAUAAUAAGUUUUGUGGUUCGUGUAUCUCUUGUGUGGAUUUUCUUUUUUUUGCUCUGUGUAGCAGAAAGAACUUAUAAACAGCGAUUACUUUUUGCAAAACUCUUUGGACAUUUAACAUCUGCAAGGAGGGCUCGAAAAUCUGAGGUUCCUCAUUUCCGGUUGAAGAAAGUACAGAAUAUAAAAAUGUGGCUAUCUCUCCGUUCCUAUCUUAAGUUGCCUCUUAACUGGCCUUCCAGCAUUCAUAUUUCUUCCUUUCAAUACUUUCUUCAGUCUGCCAUCAGAGAUCUUUUAAAAAUGCAGCGUCGAGGUCCUCAGCGAUCAGUUGAUGUAAUAGUUUCAUCUGCCUUCUUGUUGACUAUCUCAGUUGUAUUUAUCUGUUGUGCCCAGUUGCUUCAUGUGCACGAGAUCUUCCUUGAUUGUCACUACAACUGGGAACUGGUAAUCUGGUGCAUCUCCUUAACACUGUUUCUCCUAAGAUUUGUUACCCUUGGAUCAGAAACAAGUAAAAAAUAUAGCAAUACCUCAAUAUUACUUACUGAACAGAUAAACCUGUACUUGAAAAUGGAGAAAAAACCUAACAAAAAAGAGGAACUGACACUAGUGAAUAAUGUUUUAAAACUGGCUACUAAACUGCUAAAGGAAUUGGACAGUCCCUUUAGAUUAUAUGGGCUUACAAUGAAUCCUCUGCUUUACAACAUCACCCAGGUUGUCAUCCUUUCAGCUGUUUCUGGUGUUAUCAGUGACUUGCUUGGAUUUAACUUAAAGCUGUGGAAGAUUAAAUCAUGACGAUUCAGAAAAUAAGAUGUAGCCUCUUUUCCAGAAUAAGAGUACUGACUAAGCUGCCUGAAAGCAGUCACUGAUUCUUUGCUUCAGGAGUCUCAGCUGGGAAAUUGAAGUGUUUACAUCAGACUUUCUUGUGCAAUUCUUAUAUUUAUUUUACUUUUUCACUGUUUUUUUACAUUUAGUCUUUAUAUUUUAUUUUUAAGCAUUGAUGUACUUAAUUGUUGAAAGGGUGAUGAAACUGAUAUCCAGAUACUUGAGAUCCUGGUAAUUGCUCAUAAAUAAUUGGCAAAAUAACAAAUUCUGAAAAUAGAAGCCAUUACUAAGCACUGUUUCUCCAUCAAUGCCGUGAACUUGCCUUACUUGAUGAAAAGUUCUUUAACUUUGGAUAUUGCAUUGAACUCAGCUAAUCAGAUACAGCAUUUUCUUUGGUAAAUCAAGAUUCAGUCAGGGUUUCUCUUGAAUUAUUUUGGAACAAUGCCAGGAUCUAAACUAAUUAAGCUGCAGUUUAAGCACCCUUCAGUAUUAAUAUAUACGGUAUUACAUAACAGGUCAACAAGUGCUCUUUGAUGAUAAAACUCGUAAUAGAGCAAUAAUUGUAAAUGGUUACCAUACUGUAAGAUAUUUUGAUAAAAAUUAACUCGUUAUAAUUGUAUUUAUUUGAAACACUGGGCUGUUUGCACAGCUCCAACUGUGCAUGCUCAAAAUGUGCACUUUUUAAAAUUGUUACUUUUAAUGCGUAUCUUUAUAUGGAAUAUGUUAUAGUGUACUAGGGCAUGAUAUGGUAUCCUUUUGAGUGAGGUAUGUACUCAUCUCACAAGUGAAGUGCCUAUUGAUAUUACUAAAGUACAUUAUGUUUACUCAAGUAAAGUAAUUUUCUCCCUAUGGUACACUAUAGUGUAUGCUAUUCAUAUACCACACUCAAAUGAACAACUUAAGAAUAAGGUUAACAACCAAUAAAAUAUUCCUCUGAUUAUUAGUUAUGAAACUAUAUCCAAAUUUUCAGAAAAGAUAGCUUCAGCUUGCAAAUCUAUCCUAUAAACCUAUCUGGUGCAUUCUCCCCACCCUACCCCCAUUAUAUAAGGGCUAUUUUAGAUGCUUUUAACCUAGAAAGUUAACCUCCCCUCCCUGCCAAUAAUUUGCCAAGUGUCCAGUGAGAACUUAUCAUGUUGGCAUGUUAGGUAAAUAGGGCGAAUAUGAUAGUAUCUUACAUUGGGCCUUGAUUUAAGUUGUUAUAUUUGUACAAUCAAUAGUAUUUUAGGAAUUACAUAAAACAUAAAAUGUUUUUGUGAUUUUUUUUUUUUUUUUUUAGCUGAGCAUCUGGUUUUCUAAAACAAAGAAUUCAUUUGAAACAAUCUAGAAUUUUCUUGGUGCAAAGUGUAUCAUGUUGAAUAUCCUCACAUUUUUACCAUGUUUUAAGAAAUUUAAAAUAAUUAAUUGUAAAUAAUUUAUUUGAUUGGUGCAGUUCUAAUCCCCAAAUCAUAAUCUUAAAAUCAGGAAUGUGUGGAGAACAGAGCCAUGUCAUAUCACUUUGCUCUUACCAUUCCUUUCCAUCAGCCUCAAUUUCAGCCUCAUUGUGUAGUGUAGUUUCUUCCUGUAGAAAACAACAGAAAGCAUUUUGUUUUAUUUGCCUAUGUUGUAAUAUGUUUAAUAAUGACCAAAGUGCAUUCUGAGUUUUUUCAAGGAAUGUAAUACUGGAGCUUUAAGAACAUACUUACUUUCUCAUGUGAAAAAUUAGGCUUUGUCUGAUAUGUUUCUUCCUCCUCUAUUGUCUAAUGUUGAGGUUGUUUUUAGGAAUUAUAUUUUAUAAACUUUUUCAAAAUAAGGUACAUACCUAUAAAGAACUUAACAUUUUGCACAGAAUUUAUCAAAUAUAUUUUGAGAAAAAAGUACAGCAUGAGUCUGUUAGGAAUAAAAGAUGAAACUAUUGUAUCUCACACAAAAAAACCUUAUGUCAGAAUGGAAAACAUAUGGAAAUAUUUUUGAGAAAAGUAGCUGAGUAUAAUAGUUUAGGAAAAUGCUUGUUUUAGAUUCAAGUUCAACUUAACUUAGAGUUGGGAGUUGACUUAUUAAGUAUAGUAUACCUCUCAACGACUUAUUAAUAUUAAUAAUAUGCUGAAUUAUGUCAUUAAUGUGGACAGCAGUAGAAUACUAAAAGGAAAAAGUUGUCAUUUUAAGCAAUUUCAGAACAUUAACUGAACUAUUUUCAAAGCAGAAAAACUGAUAUUGCUACCUGUAAGAGUAUCAUGAAUGUACAAAAUUGAAAGAAAUUGUAACAUAUCACAUAAUAUAGAGAAGGCAGUUCAAAAAAUAGAACUGUGGCAGAUGUGUGUUAACUGUUGUUUCUUUGCCACAUGUGUUGUAUUUGAAAGUUUGAACAACAAGUUUAAAAUAAAACAUUCUAUGAUUGACAAUUUCUUUUAAUUUUCAAGUAAUAUACAUUUCUAUGGUAAUUUUGUUUACAGUAGCAUAAACUUUAGUUAUAACUGUUAUAUUUGGGGGGGGAUGAAAAUAAAUUUUUUAUAACUUCCCAACAUUUCAGAUUUUGUUAUGAUUCUCAGAACAUGAAAGAAUAAUACAUACACACAGCUUUUCAUCACCAAAAUUCUAUUAAUCACUAAUGUUUGUUUACUUGUUUGUUUUUGAAUACAGUAAACUGGCUGUGGCCUGAGAUGUUAAAACUCAUUGUCAGAAG